CCUCAGGCGUAAACAACAUGAAUGAGUGCAAUGAAGAAUGAAACAACAAUGAAUAAUUCAAGACGGUGGCGACGUUUAAGUUGAUAAAAUAAAAACGGAAGGUUUUUCCAGUGUUUCAUCCACCACGACAUUCAAUGAAUGAGAUAUGGAAAUAAAUAUUUGCAAAAAGACUUUGAAAUGUGAAAUUGAAAUUUUAACGAGUGUUAAUUACCGUAUUGUUGAAAUAAUAAACAUUUGCCACCAGUUAAAGACGAAGAAGUCGACGACAGUUCAAUAUAUUAUUUACAACGUUUCUUGACAUGAGCGCGGAUAAAAAUCCAACAUCAAUUCACAAACUCAACGAGAGUCAAACAGCUAAAGAUAAAAUACAAGCGACUGAAUUGAAUGCAAGCUCAUCCAUAACAAUAAAGACGUCAAUUCAAUCGGAAACAGAAGACAACAUAAAGGAGAACGAAAAAAUGAGACUUGAAAAUUUGCCAACGGAACCAUCACCGACUACGAUAGAAAGCAGUAGAAUGACGAUCCCUGAAUCAGCCAGUGAUUUUAAUCAAUGGUUACAAAGUAUGUUAGCAGUCGCUCGAUUGCCAGGAGGCUUGCCAACUGAAUUUCGUAGAAAGCUAUGGCUAUCGUUAGCGGAAAGGUAUUUGAAGCGUCGUGGUGUGAAAUGGGAAGAUGAGAAAGUUAAGUGGCUUAGUGAGAAGACUCGGGCAGACGAUGAAGAACUUGGAAUUCAAAUCGUUAAGGAUUUACAUCGUACAGGCCAUUCACUGCUAUCUGGAGCGUCAGGGCAACAUUAUCAAGCAAAACUUAAGAAAAUUCUAAUGGGUUAUACAAGGUGGAAUCCUGAAGUUGGCUACUGUCAAGGCUUCAAUAUGUUGGGCGCUAUUAUAUUACAAGUCAUGGAGAAGAGCGAAGUAGACUCGAUCAAAGUCAUGAUUUUCCUUAUUGAAGGUUUAUUGCCAAAUGGAUAUUUUUGUGGAGCGCUGAUGGGUCUUCAAGCUGAUAUGGCCGUGUUUAGAGAACUUCUUGGUCAUAAAUUACCAAAAUUAGCAAGACAUCUACAGAAACUACAACAUUCCACGAACGAGCCAUCAUUCGAACCACCAAUUAUCAAUGUUUUCACCAUGCAAUGGUUUCUCACGCUGUUUUGCAACUGUUUACCAAUGAAUUAUGUGUUGAGAAUCUGGGACCUAAUUAUGCUUGAAGGAAGCGAUAUUUUACUCAGAACUGCCUUGUCAAUAUGGAAGUUGUUAGAAGAUCGAAUACUAAGAGAAGUCAAAACUGCUGAUGACUUCUACUGUAAGAUGGAAACACUUUCAGCUGAACUUUUGAGUGGAACAUUAAUAGACUCAAAUAGACUCAUACACAUGAUAAGCACACUUGGUGCGAUUAAUAAUCUUCAAGAACUUCGUCAAAAGCAUCUUCAAGCGUCUUAUAGUGACCAGAAAAAGUUGAAUUCCAGAAUGUUGUAUUCGAGUGCUGAGUGUGACGAAGGUCGAAUAGCUGUUGCCAAUGCAUGGGCAAGUCGUAGAGGUUCCCAACCAACAGUUGUACGAGGACAAUCUGACAGAGAGAAAAUAGCAUUAGACAUAACAAUUCUUAAAAAGCAAUAUGAUAAGUUAAGAGAACGUCAAAAGCAGGCACAUAUCAUUCUUUCAUCAGCUGUCUCGAAACAAAAUCAACAUCAAAGCAACGCAGCAGGCCCAUCGAGGGUCAACAACUUACUUGUUGGCAAAAAUGCUAUCAUUUCAAAAGGACGGAAAGGACCACCGAAAGGUUCAAUUCCACCGGCAAGAAAUCAAAAAUUAUCGAAAACUAUUAAAGGUCCCGUGAGACAAUUGAAAAUCGAUGAAACGAUUCAAUGGAACAACACUGAUGAAGCUAAGAAGCGACGUAACAGUGUCACAUGGAAAGAAUUGAACGCCGAACGUAGACUUGAAGACGCCAAAGUUCUAUCAAAAUCAUCAAGCGCAUCGUCACUUGGAAGCAGCAGUAAAGGCGAAUUAUCAUCUCCAAAAAAAAGAAGCGACUCGUCAUCGUACAGUGAAGAUAGUGAUGGCGAAUCAAGUCCCAGCACGAGCUUAUGUGAUGAUGAAAUCAAUUCGUCGCUAGAAGCAAGCCCCAUGAAAAAGAAGCGUUAUAAGGAUUUACCACUUGACGUGUUGAAAAAGCCAUUAAGUAUGAUAACGAUUGAAGAAUCCUCGCCUACGGCAAACGAUACUAAAGACUGUCCCGAAAUUUCGAUUAGUUGUGGGAAUGACAGUGACGGUGAUGCUGACGCUGACAAUAAAGCGAACUCUCCUAUUGCCAACUUCUAUCUCGACCUCCCAUCGGAGCUUGGGGGUGGUGAUAUAACAAGUAUAAGUCAACUCUCGCCAAUGCCAGACAUCUCAUCCUACUUCACUGCUAUCAGUCCAAUACAAACGCCUUGUGACUUUUUCGAGUUUCCUGACUUUAGCAGCUUCAUUUUAAAUUCAGAUCCAAAAUAUCAGGUGAACGACGAAGGCGUGACAAAUGAAUUUUUUGAGCGCGUGUUUGAAGCAAACCUUACGUCGGAUACUUUACCUUUAACUCCUGAUAAUACCAACAGCAUAAUGUCGAAAUCAUUCUCACCUUCUGUGAUGAAAACGUGCGAUGAAAAAGUUACUAACGAGAUGACUGAAGAAUGCUUGUCAAAGUGUAUUAAACAAAAAUCUUUGUCGAUGGAUGAACAGACGUGCGAUAAAGAAGUUGUUGUAAUCAAUCGAUCCUUUUCUGACAGCACGGUGAAUGUAGAGAAUGAUGGAUUAAAGAAAAUCAUAGCAGAAAAUUCGAAAAUACUUAACAAGCUAAUUCCGCGACCUGACAUUCCAAUCGUCGAAGCGGCAUUCAGCAAAUUGAAUAUUGAACCAAUUAUUGUUGAAGAACCUAAAUCACCGAACAAUCUUUCCGAUGUAGAAGAAGAAAUAGCUGCGAUUGAUAAUUGUGUUGAUGACAUCGACGAAACUCUUCUUUCGGAUAUUCAAGACCUUGCAAACGUUGAAAGCUUUUCAGAGUGUAAAAAUAAAUCAUCAUUCACGUGCAACAAUACAUCAACAGAAGAAAACGUUACGGAAAGGAAAGAAAAAUCAAUAAACAGUAAUCUGGCAACACUCGCAUGCAGUUCUAUGGAAAGUAAACUCAUGCCCGAUGUAGAUGAUGAAACAUUAGAAAUAAAAUCCUUGACAGUGAGAGAGAUUCAGUCGAACGAUGAAAGUCGAAAAGAAGGAAAAAGUGAGUCGCCAAAAUUCAAUGAAAUUCAAUUAAUGGUUACAAAAUUGAAGGAAGAAAUGGAAAUUCAAUUGAAGAAAAGUGCGGAAGUUGAUAUUGAAAAGGAAAUUGAAAAUAACAAGAAAAUUAAUUCUGUGGACGAAGUAAAAAUUAAAAAACAAAAUUCAAUUGAAGUGAAACUUUCAAAAGCUCCAGAAAUUAUUGUUAGUGAUACUUCAAAGCUUAAAGUUGAUUCAGUUCAUGUUGUCAACGAUGAAAAGCUUCUAGUUGAUGAGAAAUCAGAGAAACAUUCACAAGAAAAUUCUUCAACUGUCAACGAAACUGAUGACCUUGAAAAUUCAGUUCAACGAAAAAUCGAUACAAACGAUUCUGAUGUGAUCCUGGCAAAACUAAAUACGCAGUUAGAAAAGUGUCAGAAAGUGAAGACAAAAGAAAUUGUUUCAUCUGAUAACGAUAAAAUCUUGAGAAGUAAUAGCAAAAUGGAAGCUUCAAUGACAGACGUGAAACAACAAAGUAAAGUUAAAGUGGAAAAUAAAUAUGACAAUGAAAACAAAGUCCCAAAUGAUGUUUGCGAUGACAAGAAUGUGAACAGUGAAAUGUCAAAAAUCGAUGGUAAAAAAGAUUCGAACGAAAUAUUGGAAAAGCUUAACAUGCAAUUGCAGCGAUGUGAGAAAACUGGGUUGAAAUCUGACGUUUUGGGAACUUCAUUUACAUUGUCCAAGGACAAGAUUUUUGAAAAGUCAGCAGUUAUGGAGCUUGCAACAAUGAUCAAAGAAAGAGAGCUUGAAAAGCUUUCUGAACAGAAGAAUGUGAUGAAAACGUCAAAGGAUGUUGAUUUUGAUUUAAAUUUGAGUCCAUUGAGAACAUCACGACCAAAAAGUAACAUUGGAUCGCCUGAAUCGAUAAAUGGCGUAGGGAAGUUCAAUAAUUACUUCUAUGACCACGAGCCAAGAAGUGACACUCGUCGACGUGAUAUCGCAACAUUAGAAACUGAACAAAUCCGUCGACCUUUCAAAUCCAGUCCAAGCAGCAGUCUCUCUGCGUCACCAAGCAAUAUUUCAAAUACUUUGUCGUCUAUUCAAAAUACAAUAAAAAUUCUUGAUUCUGCUUGUUCAAAGACCGAUGCUGUUAAAUACAAGAAAAUCGACCGAACAAUGGAAUUGACGACAACCGAUAAAGAUUGGAAAACUCACAAGAACAAAUAUGAUUCGUCAACAUCUUUCAAAAGCGAUGAUAUAACUUAUGAUAUCAAUCAAUCUAAACGACAACAGCUAAUUGCUGAUGAUGAUCGAAGUUAUGACAAAAGUUAUGACUUAUCGCCAAGAAGAAAACGUUAUGAGUUUGAUGUUGAUGAGGUCAAUUAUAAAACUUCAUCGAUUGAUAGUUCGCCUUCAAGAUUUGCCAGUAAGAAUUAUUCAAGAGAUGUGUUGGUGUCACCAACAAGAUUCACUGCUACUAGAAGUUUAUCCCGUGAAGCGUCACCAUCGAGAUUCACUUCACGAACACAGGAAAUUGAUCCUGAUUAUGUUUCCAAACUGCGGUAUUUAUCAACGGAAGAUUACAUUGCCGGUAGGAAGUCACCAUUGAGCGGAAGUCGCGAAGGUUUAGACGUGAAAUUUCGAAUUGACCGCUCACCAACAUCACCAAUGCUUUCAACUUCAACACACUUUUCGAGACCGCCACGCUCACCGUCUCAUAACAAUUCAUCUUUGCUUCGAUUUCCAUCGACUGACACUCGAAGUUCAAAGUCUGCAGAGAACUCUCCAUCGCGAUAUUCAACUGAGAGAGUUGAGAGCAGCUCCAAAUAUAAUUCAAUCGAUUCCAAAGCUGAAAGUAUGAGUAACUUGUCUUGCAAGCCAAACAUGAAAUAUCAAUAUGAAUGGGAGAAGUCUGCUAAUAAUAGAAAGUACGACUUCAACUAAACUUGAUGUGAUAUGUAGAUUAAAACUUAUCGGAAAAGCUUUCUCUUAUUCUCUUCUUCUAAACAUUAUAAAAAGUAUAUUUAGCUAUGAAAAAGCCUAUAUCAAGAAAAGAUAUUUUAAUUAAACAUUUUUCUCCCAGAUAGACGUCACUGAUUUGCUUAUUAUCAUGAAAAAGGUUCAAGUGCUUUAAAUUCCAAUGUCAAUCUUGAAAAUAUGUAAAUCGGAAAUUAAAUUUUGAUUAUCAAUGUUAAGCAUUAAAAAGUAUGUGAAGCUUGUGAACAAAUUAAAUUUUUAUGUUUCUGUCAUAAUUAGGCUAAAAUGAAAGUUUUUGUUUAUAUUUUUAUGGAGCUUUUUCAUUUAUCUUUGAAGCUUUUGCUUAAAGAAAUGAGCGAAAAUAUUUCCGAACAUUUAACAGAAGAUUUAAUGCGUCUUUAAGAUGUGACGCAAUCUUAAAUAUCUCAAUCUAUCUCUCUCUCUCUCUCUCACUUACUCAUAUUCUCUUCAAUGUAAACAUUUAAAUGUGAAAUAGAAAUGGAGAAAGUAAAAUUGAAUCAUGAAUGUCGAUGAUGAGUAGAUAACUUAUAGAAGAUCAAUAUUUAAAGAAAUUUUAAUAGUAGAUAAGCAGGUUAGUAAGUUCAAAGCUUCUUCUCAUUCUUCUCGAAAAAUAAAAAUAGAUAUUCUUUCCAAAAUGUGAUGCGUGUAAUGACAUAACAACAAGUGAAGCGAUGAUGAUCUAUUGAAUGUCUAUGUAAGGUAGCUACAAAAGUUAAUAAAUAAGAUAUGUGAACAAGAAUUGAUAUGAAAUGCUGAAAUAAAAUAUAUAUUACUGGAAUUAAAUUCAUUC